AUGGGGAAGCUUGGUCUGGCUACCUGUUUGCUCAUCCUUCUCAACUUGGCUACACUCCUCACUUCUCUUGCUCGUCCCUACCCCCCAUACCCAACUCCUCCUAAACCAGCCAAUAAAACGCACCCCCUUCUGACCCUUCCAGAUAAACAUCCUCCAUACGUCAAGCCAGCGCAUACACCUAAGCCACCCAAGCCUCCGGUGGUCAAGCCACCCAAGCCUCCGGUGGUCAAACCACCCUACGUGCCUAAGCCUCCGGUUGUCAAGUCACCAGUGAUUCCAAAGCCACCCCCAGUCGAGACACCAUGCCCUCCUCCCCCACCGCCACCACCACUGUACCCACCUCCGGCCCAGGUGACGCCCCCGCCACAAAAGACAUGCCCCAUUGACACUCUGAAGCUGGGUGCAUGUGUGGAUUUGUUGGGAGGGCUUGUGCAUGUUGGGAUAGGAAGUAGUGCUAAGGACACAUGCUGUCCGGUGCUGCAAGGGCUUGUGGACUCGGACUCUGCCCUGUGUCUUUGCACCACCAUCAAGGCCAAGCUUCUUAAUGUCAAUAUCAUCAUACCCAUUGCUCUUCAAGUCCUUGUUGACUGUGGCAAGACUCCACCUCCAGGAUUCCAAUGCCCUGCCUAAGGUAAUCCAUCCUUCAAUUUUGUCAUUAA